AUGACCUCCACGAGCAGCCCCACCAGAGGACCUCCACGAGCAGGCCCCACCAGAGGACCUCCACGAGCAGGCCCCACCAGAGGACCUCCACGAGCAGGCCCCACCAGAGGACCUCCACGAGCCCCACCAGGACCUCCACGAGCAGGCCCCACCAAGGACCUCCACGAGCAGGCCCCACCAGAGGACCCUCCACGAGCAGGCCCCACCACAGGACCUCCACGAGCAGGCCCCACCAGAGGACCUCCACGAGCAGGCCCCACCCACAGGACCUCCACGAGCAGGCCACCACCACAGGACCUCCACGAGCAGGCCCCACCAGAGGACCUCCACGAGCAGGCCCCACCAGAGGACCUCCACGAGCAGGCCCCCACCAGAGGACCUCCACGAGCAGGCCCCACCAGAGGACCUCCACGAGCAGGCCCCACCAGAGGACCUCCACGAGCAGGCCCCACAGGACCUCCACGAGCAGGCCCCACCAGAGGACCUCCACGAGCAGGCCCCACCAGAGGACCUCCACGAGCAGGCCCCACCAGAGGACCUCCACGAGCAGGCCCCACCAGAGGACCUCCACGAGCAGGCCCCACCAGAGGACCUCCACGAGCAGGCCCCACCAGAGGACCUCCACGAGCAGGCCCCACCAGAGGACCUCCACGAGCAGGCCCCACCAGAGGACCUCCACGAGCAGGCCCACCAGAGGACCUCCACGAGCAGGCCACACAACAGGACCUCCACGAGCAGGCCACACAACAGGACCUCCACGAGCAGGCCACACAACAGGACCUCCACGAGCAGGCCACACAACAGGACCUCCACGAGCAGGCCACACAACAGGACCUCCACGAGCAGGCCACACAACAGGACCUCCACGAGCAGGCCACACAACAGGACCUCCACGAGCAGGCCACACAACAGGACCUCCACGAGCAGGCCACACAACAGGACCUCCACGAGCAGGCCACACAACAGGACCUCCACGAGCAGGCCACACAACAGGACCUCCACGAGCAGGCCACACAACAGGACCUCCACGAGCAGGCCACACAACAGGACCUCCACGAGCAGGCCACACAACAGGACCUCCACGAGCAGGCCACACAACAGGACCUCCACGAGCAGGCCACACAACAGGACCUCCACGAGCAGGCCACACAACAGGACCUCCACGAGCAGGCCACACAACAGGACCUCCACGAGCAGGCCACACAACAGGACCUCCACGAGCAGGCCACACAACAGGACCUCCACGAGCAGGCCACACAACAGGACCUCCACGAGCAGGCCACACAACAGGACCUCCACGAGCAGGCCCCACAAGAGGACCUCCACGAGCAGGCCCCACAAGAGGACCUCCACGAGCAGGCCCCACAAGAGGACCUCCACGAGCAGGCCACACAAGAGGACCUCCACGAAGCAGGCCACACAAGAGGACCUCCACGAGCAGGCCACACAAGAGGACCUCCACGAGCAGGCCACACAAGAGGACCUCCACGAGCAGGCCACACAAGAGGACCUCCACGAGCAGGCCACACAAGAGGACCUCCACGAGCAGGCCACACAAGAGGACCUCCACGAGCAGGCCACACAAGAGGACCUCCACGAGCAGGCCACACAAGAGGACCUCCACGAGCAGGCCACACAAGAGGACCUCCACGAGCAGGCCACACAAGAGGACCUCCACGAGCAGGCCACACAAGAGGACCUCCACGAGCAGGCCACACAAGAGGACCUCCACGAGCAGGCCACACAAGAGGACCUCCACGAGCAGGCCACACAAGAGGACCUCCACGAGCAGGCCACACAAGAGGACCUCCACGAGCAGGCCACACAACAAGAGGACCUCCACGAGCAGGCCACACAAGAGGACCUCCACGAGCAGGCCACCACACAAGAGGACCUCCACGAGCAGGCCACACAAGAGGACCUCCACGAGCAGGCCACACAAGAGGACCUCCACGAGCAGGCCACACUAGAGGACCUCCACGAGCAGGCCACACAAGAGGACCUCCACGAGCAGGCCACACAAGAGGACCUCCACGAGCAGGCCACACAAGAGGACCUCCACGAGCAGGCCACACAAGAGGACCUCCACGAGCAGGCCACACAAGAGGACCUCCACGAGCAGGCCACACAAGAGGACCUCCACGAGCAGGCCACACAAGAGGACCUCCACGAGCAGGCCUAGAAAUGACCUCUUGA